AUGACCGCGCCCAGCUCUGGGCAGCGCCCGUGUCGUGUAAACACGACCAUAUUCAUAUCCAACCUGCACUGCCCCUCGUGCGUGACCAGCAUCCAAGAGGCCCUGCAAGCUCUCGACCCCGCCCCGGAUUCCAUAUCUCACAGCAUCGUGUCGCACUCGGUCACCCUCUGUCACGACCCCAGCUUGGCAGUCGACCGCAUCUCCAACGCUCUGGAACUCGCUGGCUUCGAGGUCCACAGCAUCUUCCGAGACUCGCACCCUGUCCACCAGCCGGACCUUUCUCCCGACGAACUCGACGACAACGAUGCCGAGUGGGAGAAGAGCCUAGAGCAAGCCGUCCGCCGCUGGAGCCAGUGGAGAAAUAGCAGCAAGGUCCCCGACAUGACGAAGCGCCAGAGACACAUCCAACAGUGCGCGCAGUGCGCCGCUGAGUGCGAUCCUUCCAAGAAACAUGCCGCCGCUGGUUCGGACUACGAGCUUGAUGCUCUGCACCUUGUCGACACCAAGAAAACCCUCGAUGCCGAGAAGCUCAGCAUCGUCUCUGGCCUCUCCGGGAGAUUCAGUCUCGACUCCGUCGUUUCAACCACGCCUAAGUCCGCCCAAGUCUACCACGCCUCCAUCGCCAUCACCGGCAUGACCUGCUCUGCCUGUGUCGGUUCCAUUACUCGCGUGGUCGAGGAGCUCCCGUACGUUCGUUCUAUUGCUGUGUCUCUGUUGACCCACAGCGCGUCGAUUGAGCUUGACGGGAAAGACAACAUUGACAGCGUCAUUGGAGCCAUCGAGGACGCUGGCUUCGAUGCAAGCCUCGAUUCCAUCGAGGAAGCCGACAACCGGAGAAAGUCUGUCCGUCCACCGGAAGCCGACAAGUGGAGGGCAGUUUAUUCCAUUGGAGGCAUGACAUGCAGUGCCUGCACCAAUGCCGUCACCGCCGGCGUCCAGCAGCUUCCCUGGGUCGAAUCCAUCAACGUAAACCUCCUGUCGCACAGCGCCACUGUCACCUUUAACGGAAAAGAAAACACGGAGGCAAUCAGAGAAGCCAUCGAGGACUGCGGUUUUGACGCAACGCUAGACAGUGUGACGAGGGUGGCGCAGGAGAUCCAGCAGGACGCUCGUCGCACUGUCAUGAUUCGGAUAGACGGCAUGUUCUGUCACCAUUGCCCAUCGAACGUAAUUGACAUCUUGAGUCGGGAAUACAUGGGUGCGGUGCAGGUUGAGACCGUCCCCUCUCUCAAGGAGCCGAUCCUACAGAUCAGAUACACUCCGAAUGUCCCCCAGAACUUCACCAUCAGGCAUAUCAUCAAGACUAUCUCGAAUGUCAACCCCGCGCUGGAGCCUUCGAUCUACCAUCCCCCGACUCUUGAAGAACGAGCUCGCGAUUUGCAUGCCCGGGAAAGGAAGAGAAUCCUUCUGCGUCUUGGUCUCUCUGUCGCUGUGGCCAUCCCGACCUUCGUCAUCGGCAUCGUCUUCAUGAGUCUUGUUUCGAGUCACAAUUCAGCACGCAUGUUCCUCAUGGAACCUAUGUGGUCGGGUGGAGUUAGUCGGACUCAAUGGGCACUGUUCAUCCUAGCCACCCCGGUUUAUUUCCUCGCAGCCGACACGUUCCACAAACGAGCCUUCAAGGAGGUUCGCGCGCUAUGGCGGCGUGGUAGCCGGACGCCAAUCCUUCAGCGGUUUUACCGUUUCGGCAGCAUGAACAUGUUGAUGUCUCUUGGCACCAGCAUUGCAUACUUCGCGUCCAUUGCGGAACUUGGUCUAAGCGCCACUGGUACUGAGCACGUGGAUGAAGAAAACUAUUACUUCGACUCGGUGGUUUUUCUUACCAUGUUCCUCCUUAUUGGCAGAUUCCUCGAAGCAUAUAGCAAGACCAAGACCGGCGAUGCUGUGACUGCUCUUGGAAGUCUUCGCCCUACAGAGGCUAUACUCGUCGACACUGUGCAGAUGAAGGAUCAGAAGGUGAGCGUCGAUCUGCUCGAGGUCGGCGAUGUAGUCCGGAUCCAGCAUGGUAGUACGCCACCCUUUGACGGCACUGUCAUGGAUGCAUCUGCCAAGUUCGACGAGUCAAGUCUUACAGGAGAGUCACGGCUAGUCCCCAAGGAGAUCGGCGACACUGUCUACGCCGGAACCGUGAACAAGGGCGGCCCGAUCCAAAUGAAGCUGACUUCCAUUUCUGGCUCUUCGAUGCUCGACCAAAUUAUCAAGGUCGUCCGCGAGGGUCAGACCCGCCGCGCACCCGUUGAACGUGUCGCGGACAUGAUCACUAGCCACUUUGUUCCUGUGGUCGUUGCCAUUGCCAUUACGACAUGGGUUAUCUGGCUUUCUCUUGGGCUUUCUGGGUCGCUUCCGGACGACUACCGCGGAAGCCACUCUGGCAGCUGGGAGCUUUGGUCUUUACGUUUUGCCAUCGCUCUAUUCGUCGUGGCUUGCCCGUGUGGGAUCGGUCUUGCUUCUCCCACUGCACUUUUCGUCGGCGGUGGCCUCGCCGCUCGGCACGGAAUUCUGGUGAAGGGCGGUGGCGAAGCCUUUCAAGAAGCGAGCUCUCUUGACUGCAUCGUUUUCGACAAGACCGGUACUCUGACCCAGGGAGGCGAACCUGCGGUCACUGACGCUGAGAUCCUGUCUCCUCUGGAGGAAGAUGAAGUUUGCGGCCUAGCCAAGCGUCUCGAAGAGAGCAGUAGCCAUCCCAUCGCCACCGCCAUUUCAACCUUCUGCGCCUCCCACAAGAUGCGCGACUACCAGGUUGUCGACAUCCAAGAGCUCCCCGGGAAGGGCCUCAAGGGCACAUUCAAAACCGUUGGCCCCGAACCCCGGACAAUUGAAGUCAUCAUCGGCAACGAAUCCCUCUUCGUCGACCAUAAUGUCAUCAUCCCAAGCGCCACCCAUGGCGUACUUGACGGCUGGAAGCGCCAGGGCAAAUCAAUCGCCCUCAUGGCCACCUCUGUCGACGGCGGAGCCUGGACUCUUACGGCCGACUUCGCGAUCGCUGAUGCUCUCCGUCCAGAAGCUCGUCACACGGUUGCAGCACUGCAGGCGCGCGGCAUCGACGUGUGGAUGCUGUCAGGCGAUAACCCAACAACGGCGGUGGCGGUGGGCGCGCAGGUGGGCAUCCCGAGCUCGAAUGUGAUCGCGGGCGUGCUGCCAGACCAGAAGGCAGAGAAAAUUCAGUAUUUGCAGAAGACGCUGAGUAGCCGUCACAAGAACAAGAAGAAGGGGGGAAAGAAGGCCAAUGGGAGAGCAACCGUCGCCAUGGUCGGUGAUGGCAUCAACGACUCCCCAGCCCUGACCAUGGCUGACGUCGGCAUCGCGAUCGGCUCUGGCUCUGACGUGGCCAUCUCAUCCGCCGAUUUCAUCCUAGUAACCAGCUCGCUCGAGGCUGUGUUGACGCUGGUGGAGCUGUCACAGAAGGUUUUCAGGAGAGUGUGGUUCAAUUUUCUUUGGGCAGGCGUGUACAAUAUCUGCGCCAUGCCUAUCGCUGCGGGCGUGCUGUAUCCUGUCAGGACUGCCAGCGGCAGCCAUGUCAGAUUGGAUCCGGUGUGGGCAAGUUUGGCGAUGGCAUUGAGUAGUGUGAGUGUGGUGUGCAGCAGUCUCUUGCUGCGGAGUAAGGUGCCCGGGGUGGGAUUCAGGCCGAAAAGAUGGGAGAAAGAGUGA